AUGUUCGUGCAGAUCACCGCUUGCUGUGCAGAAGACAAGGAGCUUGUCGCUAUUGUAUUCAACGCUAUGGAUCAGGAGCAGAUUUGCGAGGUUAAGGGGGUCGCGUACCUCCCACCCUCCCAUCGCCCACCCUCACGUCUCCCACCCUCCCAUCUCCCACCCUCCCAUCGCCCACCAUCCCGUCUCCCACCCUCCCAUCUCCCACCCUCCCAUCGCCCACCCUCCCAUCGCCCAAGCUACUUGGGGUCGGUGUCUGACAGCCAUGCCCAUGACCAGCAGAGAGCGCUCCUCUGCUUGUGCUUCCUCUGCUUGCGCUUCCUCUACUUGUGCUUCCUCUGCUUGUGCUUCCUCUGCUUGCGCUUCCUCUGCUUGCGCUUCCUCUGCUUGCGCUUCCUCUGCUUGUGCUUCCUCUGCUUGCGCUUCCUCUGCUUCUGCUUCCUCUGCUUGUGCUUCCUCUGCUUGUGCUGCCUCUGCUUGCGCUUCCUCUGCUUGUGCAUCCUCUGCGUGCGCUUCCUCCGCUUGUGCUUCCUCUGCUUACGCUUCCUCUGCUUGCGCUUCCUCUGCUUGUGCUUCCUCUGCUUGCGCUUCCUCUGCUUGUGCUUCCUCUGCUUGCGCUUCCUCUGCAUGUGCUUCCUCUGCUUGCGCUCCUCUGCUUCUGCUUCCUCUGCUUGUGCUUCCUCUGCUGACGCUUCCUCUCCUUGUGCUUCCUCUGCUUGCGCUUCCUCAGCUUGUGCUUCAUCUACUUGCGCUUCCUCUGCUUGCGCUUCCUCUGCUUGCGCUUCCUCUACUUGUGCUUCCUCUGCUUGCGCUUCCUCUGCUUGUGCUUCCUUUGCUUGUGCUUCCUCUUCUUGUGCUUCCUCUUCUUGUGCUUCCUCUGCUUGCGCUCCUCUGCUUGUGCUUCCUCUGCUUGUGCUUCCUCUGCUUGCACUUCCUCUACUUGUGCUUCCUCUGCUUGUGCUUCCUCUGCUUGCACUUCCUCUACUUGUGCUUCCUCUGCUUGUGCUUCCUCUGCUUGCGCUUCCUCUGCUUGUGCUUCUACUGCUUGCGCUUCCUCUGCUUGUGCUUCCUCUGCUUGUGGUUCCUCUGCUUGCGCUUCCUCUACUUGCGCUUCCUCUGCUUGUGCUUCCUCUGCUUGCGCUUCCUCUGCUUGUGCUUCCUCUGCUUGCGCUUCCUCUGCUUGUGCUUCUUUUGCUUCUGCUUCCUCUGCUUGCGCUUCCUCUGCUUGUGCUUCCUCUGCUUGCGCUUCCUCUGCUUGUGAUUCUUCUGCUUCUGCUUCCUCUGCUUGCGCUUCCUCUGCUUGGGCUUCUUCUACUUGUGCUUCCUCUGCUUGUGCUUGGUCUGCUUGUGCUUCCUCUGCUUGCGCUUCCUCUGCUUGCGCUUCCUCUGCUUGCGCUUCCUCUGCUUGUGCUUCCUCUGCUUGUGCUUCCUCUGCUUGUGCUUCCUCUGCUUACGCUUAUUCUACUUGCGCUUCCGCUGCUUGUGCUUCCUCUGCUUGCGCUUCCUCUGCUUGCGCUUCCUCUGCUUGUGCUUCCUGUGCUUGCGCUUCCUCUGCUUGUGCUUCCUCUGCUUGCGCUUCCCCUGCUUGUGCUUCCUCUGCUUGCGCUUCCUCUGCUUGUGCUUCCUCUGCUUGUGCUUCCUCCGCUUGUGCUUCCUCUGCUUGUGCUUCCUCUGCUUGUGCUUCCUCUACUUGCACUUCCUCUGCUUACGCUUCCUCUGCUUGCGCUCCUCUGCUUGCGCUUCCUCUGCUUACGCUUCCUCUGCUUGCGCUUCCUCUGCUUCCGCUUCAUCUGCUUACGCUUCCUCUACUUGCGCUCCUCUGCUUGCGCUUCCUAUGCUUACGCUUCCUCUGCUUGCGCUUCCUCUCCUUGCGCUUCCUUUGCUUGUGUUUCCUCUGCUUGUGCUUCCUCUUCUUGCGCUUCCUCUGCUUACGCUUCCUCUUCUUGCGCUUCCUCUGCUUGUGCUUCCUCUACUUACGUUUUCUUUCCUUCUGCUUCCUCCGCUUGCGCUCCUCUGCUUGUGCUUCCUCUGCUUGUGCUUCCUCUGCUUGCGCUCCUUUGCUUGUGCUUCCUCUGCUUGUGCUUCCUCUGA